AUGACAUCACACAAGGUUCCAAAGAUUUUGUCGCGAAAUGACGUUGUUGAUCUCAUAGCUGAUGGGAAAGUGAUUGUAAUCUACGACAGACUGGUAUUGAAUCUAACAUCAUGGAUAUCGAAACAUCCAGGUGGGGACACGGCAGUUUAUCACAUGGUAGGUAGAGAUGCUACUGACGAAAUGAAUGCUUAUCAUGGUCCAGAAACGAAAAAGAUGUUUAAGCGUUUUAGAAUUGGCGAAAUAGACCAUGCUUGGGAGAAUCUUUUACCACCAAUUCAAGGGGCUGUGUAUGAAAAAGGUCGCUAUGUUGAAAUCAGGACGUCUGAUUUGGAUUCCAAAUUGGAUGGUGGUUCAUCGGAAAGUGGCUCAGAUUUGGACUUGCAGUCUUUGCCAAGCUCCAUUUCGGAUAAAGAGGAUGAAGUUCCGUCAAUGGAGACGAAAGCGAGGCAAGACAAUAGUAAGUCCGAACCAAAGCUAGUCAAUCCAGUGGUGCCACAGAAUGUAUUGGUUACAGAGGAAAACAGAAACAAGUUAUUUCCAGUUCAACAUUCCCCCAUAGUUGACCCAAAGCUCCUUACGAAGAAUUAUGAUAAUCAAUUGUCGCAACAGGAUAUCUCGUCUCUUCCUGCACUAGAUUACGAUACACAACAAUACUUGCGAGAUGAGUACAGUAAACUACAUGAAUUCCUCAUCAGUCACAAUUUCUAUCAAUGUGAUUAUUGGGCAUAUGUGAGGGAAGUUGCUAAAAUUGGAUCACUUUUCUUGUACUCAUUGUCGUUUUUCAAAUUGGGUUGGCUCACCACUAGUGCCAUUUUCAUGGGUAUGUCGUGGCACCAAGCCACUUUUGUUGCCCACGAUGCUGGUCAUGUCUCCAUUACCCACAACUAUCAAUUUGACAAUCUUUUUGGGAUGCUUAUUGCUGAUUGGUUUGGUGGAUUGAGUUUAGGUUGGUGGAAACGAAACCACAAUGUUCAUCAUUUGAUCACCAAUGAUCCUGUUCAUGACCCUGAUAUUCAGCAUUUGCCAUUCUUUGCUGUUAGUGUCAGGUUAUUUGAAAAUGUUUACUCAACUUAUUAUGAAAAGGUCUUAUGGUUUGAUGCAUUUGCCAAGGCAGUGAUUCCAUUGCAACAUUUUCUUUAUUAUCCUAUGUUGUGUUUUGGAAGAUUUAACCUUUAUAGACUAUCAUGGACACAUCUUCUAUUGGGACAAGGACCAAGACACGGGAAAGCAGCUUGGUUCAGAUACUUUGAACUUGUUGGAUUGAGUUUCUUCUUUUAUUGGUUUUUUUACGUCUUGGUGUUCAAGUCGAUUGAUGGUGGUUGGAACAGGUUCAAUUAUGUCAUGGUGAGCCACAUUGCCACCAUGGUGGUUCAUGUUCAAAUCACAUUGUCACAUUUUGCAAUGUCAACGUCCGAUUUAGGAGUUAGUGAAUCAUUCCCUUCCAGACAACUUAGAACCACGAUGGAUGUUGAUUGUCCUGAAUGGUUGGAUUUCUUACAUGGGGGCUUACAGUUCCAAGCUAUUCAUCAUUUGUUCCCUCGUUUACCCCGUCACAACUUCCGACGUACACAGCCUCAUGUGAUUGAUUUUUGUAAAAAAGUUGGACUUCCUUACUCCAUCUAUGGGUUUGGUGAAGGUAAUGGUGUUGUGAUUAGUAAGUUGGCGGAUAUCGGGAAACAAUGUACCAUUUUGCUUGACGCUACAAAGAAAUACGAUGGUGAUUUGUAUUAG